CCCGCCCCUGCCCGAGGAACAGCUCGCGCUUACAGAGGACGCGGUGCUUCAAGAGGCAAAAGAGGCUUAUCUUCGCCCCAAGCUCAUCUUCCCGGGGAGUCUCCCGCAAAGUCGCAAUGGAGAAAUGGCGCCCAGCUUGCGGGUAAGAAUCAUUCUCUCACACGUAAAUUUUGCACUGCGGCUCGGUCGGUCUCAUCUCGACGCCCAUUUGGACAGCAGGGACGCCAUGAUGUCUUCGAAGACAUCUGUCGAAAGACCGGAGCCUACGUCGACCCACCCGCCGGUAAUCAUGAUGUGAUUCAUCUCUGGGGGGCAUCAUAUCAGGUCUCUGAGGCUACCAAGCUCAUUCAGAGCAUUCUUGCUAGAUGCGACACCAUUACCAUGCCCAAGAAAAGGGAAUGGACGAAGACCUCUGCCUAUUCUGCUGGGAAGGAGGAUCUUGCGGAUCGACUUGAGCUAGAAGAUGCCUUGAUUCUCGCAUACAGGAAGGCACCUGAGCUCGACUUUAUGUUCUCUGAGAAGCUACUCUUUCUGUGGCCGAAGGAGGGUCCCUCCAUGCGCGAUGCCCUUGGCCCCGACCUAGAAGCUCUUGAUCCUAUUCGUAUCAGGUUCACGUGUCACCUGUUCGUUGACAAGGCAUUGCCUGAUCACAUCUGCGCUCUCGGCUACGAGCAAGCCAAGAUUGGCCAACUUGUCCAGCUCCUGCGUAACAAAUGGGCCGAGAUUAUGGCAAACAGUCUCGUCAAGUCCAAAAUCUACUUGGUUGAGCCUCUUGAAUGCGGCCAUAGUGAGGUCUCCGCGAGAAAAGAGGCGGGCUUUGUUAGACCACUAUUUCGCACGAUUCCAAUGAGCAAGGCCGAUAUGGAUCGUUGGCCGGGCCGAGCUGAGCUGAUCCGAUCAAGGAACAAUGCCCAUAUUCUCAAAGUGAUUGACAAAUGCUUGAAGAGUGUAGUUUACGUGCGUGGACACCUUCGCAUGAGAGCCAAUAUCGGAUUGUUCGUGCUCGAUUAUUACCGUCAGCCAUCGCAGGGAAAACCAGCGUGGGGCUUUGAGGAAUUCCGCGAGAUGUUGUUCCACGAGAAUACGAAGGGUCGCCUGAUCCCAGGACUGCUUUCUGCCACCAAUCUUCUUGAGCCGUACGACCGUACCAUGGACUCCCUGAAACAGCCCGAGCCAGCAUUCUCUGUGAACUUCGAAUUCUCCGGUCAAAGGAAUUCUCUGCUACGCUUGGAGGCCGAGUUUGCGAAAUGUACUGGAGCACGCGAUUACGCAAUGACGCAAAGCCGCUGGCUUAAGCCACGCAAGCUCGGCCAAGUCAAGGACUCGCGCUCACCCUUGCAGGUUGGAAUCAUCGACUUUGAAAGGUCUGAUUGGCAGCUGGAAAUCGCAUCGCUGGAGUUCUAUGAAGCAACUGCAAUCGAGAGAGCUUUACGCGAAUUUUCCCACACGAUCAAAUUCAAGAGCAACGAUGUUAUGGGUGACAUCUCGGCUAAUCCUGUUCGCAAAGUCAUCUUCCAUGCCUCAGCACCAGUCUCCCGGUUCAUCGAGAAGUCGGCUGUUCGUUACCGCCUGAAGGGGACCAGAUAUAUUCUGGAGAUCGCGCGAUACGACGAAUACACCCGAGCCUCCGUAAAUGAUUCGGCUUCUCUGAACCUGGCGGCACCCUUUGGAAAACCUCGAGUUUCUUGGGGAGCAUCGGUCUUCGACUUCACUUGGGACAACUUGCUGGGUAAACAUGCCAAUAUGCCCGUGGGACAUGCAGCCAAGUACGAUCCGAAUCUUCAGACCUUUUUCCCGGCCGCAAAUGAGUCGGAGGACAAGUCCCAGGGUCUCUGGGAGUUCAUCGAUCUGAUCAAACGGGUUGCAGCCCUUCUAAGGUCCGGACCGCCCCGCACCCUUCCAGCCAGCGGAAGUGUCAAGGCUAAGUCUGAUGCGCGUUCGACAAGCCCGGCCUCCAGCGGCAAUGCAAGGGCUCUAGAUGCAGACCUCGGGACUUUGUUCUAA